UUUUUUUUUUUACCCUAUUCAGUCUUUCUCUUUUAUUUUUUUCUAUUUCAUAAUGGAAGAGAAUUCAAACAUGAAACAAACAGAUGAUAUAAUUGAGGAGUUUGAUGAGAAAGUGAAGGUCAUUUCACAACUUGAUGAUGAGGAUGAACAAGAAUUUAAAAAUAAUCAAAAACAAGAGCAGUUUAAUAGUAUAAAAGUCAAUGAUGUAAAAGAAAUGGAACAUAUUUUUAAUCAGUUUAUUGAUGAGAAUAAUAAUAAUUACCAUUCAGAGAUGAUGAGAAGGCCUUCCUUUGCAAAUGAAUUAAAGAUUGAUACCCCGUUACAGCAGCAACAAGAAAUACCUUUUGACUUUAAUCGAUUUUUGGAUCAAAUGAAGAAUAAAAGUUCAAAGCCAAUUACACGAUAUUUUAAGAGCUUUUUACAAGCAUUUGAUCGUAGAGCUUGGACAGUGAAUGAGCAAAUUAAGAUCAUUCAAGACUUUCUUGACUUUAUUUAUGUUAAAAUGAGAGAAUGUGAUGUUUGGAAAGAUAUGUCAGAACAAGAGUUUGGUAAUGCAAAAGAAGGAAUGGAAAAGCUAGUGAUGAAUAGAUUAUACCAUGUUACGUUUUGUCCUAAUACAACAGAUGAUAAAGAAAGAGACGAAAUUCUACAACAAAAGAUCAACAUCUUUAGAUGGGUUCGUGAAAAGCAUUUAGAUAUACCUGAAACUGAGUAUAAUGAGUCAUUUUUAACGUUUGCUGAAUCAGAAAUAUUAAAAAUGAAUAACUAUAAAUCACCAAGAGAUAAACUCAUUUGUAUUUUAAACUGUUGUAAAGUUAUAUUUGGUUUGAUUAAGCACGUAGAAGGAGAUGCUGGAGCAGAUAAAUUUUUACCUAUAUUAAUCUAUGUUGUUAUCAGAGCUAAUCCACCAAAACUAGUUUCCAAUGUUCAAUAUAUAUAUCGAUUUAGAAAUCCCGAGCAACUUCAAGCUGAAGCUGGUUAUUAUUUAACAAAUUUGAUGGGUGCUAUUUCAUUUAUAGAGACGAUGGAAGCUAAAUCAUUAUCUAUUUCAGAAGAAGAAUUUGACAAGAAUAUUGAAAGAACAAUGCUUGAAUUAAAAAAGGAAAGACCUCCCUCGAUGAUACAAGAUAAACAACAAAUUAGUUAUGAAAACACUUUGCAUCCCUCUUCAACUACUAACAAAGGUUAUCAUCAACAACAACCUUUACUUAUUGAUUCUGCUAAAGCAGCUGCUUUACUCGAAAGAGGAAGUCAAUUUGCACAAAAGACAAUGCAAAGACCUUUAAGUUUUGUUGGUAAAAUAUUUCAAGGUUUAAGUGAGAACAGAAUUGGUGAAAGCAGUAGUAGUUCUGAUGAAGAAGAUCGACACUACCAUCCACCUUUACCACCAAGACCCCCUCAUCAAAGACAAUUUGAAGAUAAUUUAGAGACCUUAAAUCAUAUGUUUUCUAAUGUAGAUAGUAGUGUAUGUUAUCUUGUUUUAACUGAAAAUGAAGGUGACUUGACAAAAUCAAUUGAUCACUUAUUGGAAAUAUCUGGAGGAGGAAAUGAUGAUCAUCUAAUAUCAUCAUCAGUAAUAACAAACACAUAAUAAACUAUAACUAUAUCAUUUGUUGUAAUUAGAAAAUAAAAUAAAAUAAAUAAAUAAAUACAAGUCCCGACUACAUAUUAUUUUAAUAAUAGUGGUGUUGUUUUAUUGU